AUGCAUUUGGUUCUUUUAUUUGCUGCAACAAUUAUUAGUGUUCAUGCAUUGAGAUGUUAUACUUGCACGGGUCGUCAAGGAUGCCAGUGGCCUGUCAUCGAAGUUUGUCCACCUUCAACAUAUUGUUAUUAUGCAGAAGAUGGAGAAAGAUUAAUUCAGAAAGGAUGUGUAACGCAUUGCAGCAGUAUAAAUGUUCCACACCAUCAGUGUCAUAUGUGUUAUACUGACGCUUGUAAUUCUGCUCAAGACCAAAAUUUCAAUGGUGAAAGAUACAAAUGGCCUGAUUUGAAUCAGAAUAUUGGCUCUGGAGUAAAUAUCGAUCGGGAAAUUGACGACUCUCUCGACAUUGGCCAAGGCACCAAUACAAAUGAUGAGUCCGCUAGUAUGAAUGGCAUGCUGGACAUCGGUCAAGGUGCGAAUGCUCAUAGACGAUCGGACAUUGGUCAAGGUGCUUAUUACAAUAAAGAAAGAGUUGAUCGACGUAUUAAUCAAAAUCAACCGCCAAACAUCGGUCAUGGAACAGCAUUAAAAUCUCAUCGAAACGCUGAUGACCGGCACAGACCUUUUCACGAAUGA